AUGUGCAGCGACUUGCGUGUGCUCGCAGGUCGUACUUGGCCAUUCUCGCAGCGGAUGACUUUGCACUCGCCCUUUCACCAAAAGUCGCUCUCGCUCACCUGCUCGAGCACGCUGCACAGUCUGCGCCAUGCCUCUAGUCGCACCUUCCGUACGUCCGCGUCGACCUCGGCUGCAAAGCGCAAGUGCAAGAGAUCCCCCCCGACGUCGACUAGCCCCAGUCGCAGGACAGAGGCCGCGGCUUCUUCCAAAGAUGAAAAGGCCGCUGACCUGUUCGCGGUGGAGGAGCAUCGGUUGACGGAGAAUGAUGUGCGGCUGGCUAUGCGCACGCUCAUGGCGUCGCACUUCAGCCUCGUCCAGCACGCCCGAAAACCGGAGAAGAUGCAGGUGGCAAAGGAGCGGGAGGCGAUCGAAGAAAAGCAUCUGGAUAGGCAACGUCGUCUCCUCGAGAAGGACGAGAACUCACUGCGACUACUCGGGGCGGACGGCAUGGUGAUAGGGGAAGGCAUCCUUCCGCUUCUGGCGGUAGCUAAGAGGAACCCCUACGACGCGACUAGCACUCGCCGUGCCACGUUAUCGCCUGACAACGCUACGUGGCGAGCGCUGAACCCAGUCGGUCUCGCAGCCUCACAAGCCGUUGCAUCUGCCUCGCUUCCGGGCGACGGCGACGAUGCCGACGCGCUGAGUGAGGCUGAGUACGCUUCUUUCCUCGCGCGCUCUGGGGGCGCAUCGAUCGACGGUAGCAAAGGGGAGGAGGCGGAGACGGACGCGUGGAAGUCGGCCACGCUGGCCACACUGAGUGUACCUGACCUCUCUGUCUACGACGCAGACCACGACUUCCGCAUCAACAGUGAGGAAGUGGUGCGAGGAGCAGGGGGUGACAGCUCGAGGGUGGCGCCGUCGAGUACGGGCAGCACCGCCGAGGCGCAGGCGGAGAGACUAGGCGUGGCAGCUGGCUUAGAUCCGUUGUCGACACGCCCAAGUGCCUCCAAGGCAGCUGCUGCGGCGAUGCAGCUUCAGUUCGAUGAAGACGAGGACACCGACUACACCGUCGCCGCCUUCAUGGACGGCGAUGAUCCGUUGGACUUAUGA